CUUUACAGCUGAUGUUUGUGAAAACUGACAAUGGCAAACUUCACAUCCACUUAUGAUGGAGUGAGUACUGAUGCUGCAUACCCUUGUGAUAUUAAUGUUCCUGGUAUCACUGGUCCCCUCUACAUCUUGAUCUUCAUCCUCAGUGUCAUAGGCAACAGUCUCCUCUUAUGUGUUCUUUUCAUCUACGAGAAACUGAAAAAUAUCACGAAUAUUUUCAUCCUGAACCUGGCCUGCUCUGAUUUGAUCUUCACCAUCACACUUCCAUUCUGGGCCGUUGAUCAUCUACACCACUGGGUUUUUGGAGACUUUGUCUGCAAAUUCAUGACUGCUGCAUACUUUGUUGGUUUGUACAGCAGUGUCAUUCUGCUGACUGCCAUGACAGUGGAUCGUUUUAUUGCUGUGGUGCUGCACAAGUUAAAGAUCAACCAUGCUAAAAGGAAAAAGUAUGCAAUUUGUGCCUGUAUAGCUGCCUGGGUCAUCAGCAUCUCAGCAUCCCUGCGUGAUGCUGUGAAAGUAAAGGUUGAAAACUGGUAUGGUAAAAACUAUUGCGAGCCUGAAUUUGAAGACAAGCUUGGACGUUAUCUCCAAGUGUCACUGCUAUUCUUCCUCCCAUUUGUCAUCAUUAUUUUCUGCUAUUCUGCCAUCCUCAAGACAGUUUUGCAAGGUUUAAACAGAAAGAAGUUCAGGACUGUAGUUGUGCUGUUGUGUAUUGUUGCAGCCUUUUUCAUUUGCUGGGGGCCAUACCAUAUUAUGCUUUUAAUCAACUCUUUCUAUAUACCGAAAGAUUGUAAGGCACAGAAAACAUUUUAUAUCGCUUACCACAUUUGUGAGAAACUUGCAUAUUCUCAUUGCUGUGUAAACCCUCUGCUGUGUAUGCUCUCACAGAAGUUGCGAAAGCAUCUGUUGAAUCUUUUGCGGUGUGAAAAUGUGUGCAGAAAGAACAGAGAGACAGACACUGGUCAGACUGUAGAUUUCACUGCACAGAGAUCUGCUGUUCAGUUGGAACUGCAAAACCUUCCAUUAAACAGCCACUCGUUAAAUUAAACGUUGAUUCAGUCUGUAAAUACUUUCAUACAAUACAGUUUGCAUUUAUUAAAUUUCAUAUUUUCAGCAUAAUCGCCUAAAGAUUUGUAAGG